AGCAAAGCAAAGUGCUCCUGCUGCUCGAGAAAGAGAGAGAGAGAGAGAAGAAGACAGAGAAAUACCACCACCUCUUCGGCCCAUGAGUAGUACACUACUGCUCUUCAGUUUUCAGUCUUCAGUCUGCCCGCUGCUGUCCUCCCUUUUCCUUCAGUCCCUCCCUCUCUCGAGCGGGAAAAAUAAAAAAUAAUAAUCCAUUACACGCACAAACCGAAAGAAAAGAGAAAGCAGGAGAGUAUACAAUAUAUCCAUCUUUCUCUCCUCUCUCUCUUCCUUUCUCUGUCUAUCUAUCUCUAUCCUCUAAAGCUAUUGAUUCUCUAUAGCUUCUACCUACAACCCUUAUCCUCAUUUCUCCUUCUUGUUCUCCUCAAAACGACCAUGGCAGUUGCGUUUGGUGGCUUCUCCAUCCGAGAAUAUGCGGCGAAGAUGCGAACCGUGGACGUGCUGAAAUGUUAUCCCUUCGCGGUUGCGGACAACCACGACGACGAAGAUACGAAGAAGAAGAAGGAAGCAGAAGCGGCGGCGUUGCUUCCUCCGAUGACCGUGACCAAGUUCAACUGGUGGUCCCACGAGCUCCACCGCUCGAAAAGAUCCAACAAAAACAAAGAGGUACUAACUCUUGUCAACAAAGAAAGCUCAGAUAUCCCCAGAAACGACAUCGAAUUCACUGCUGUCGAACAACGACUUGACGAGGUUGUUGCUGCUGAUGGUGAUGGUGCGGCUGAGAGCGAGGAGACCCUGAAAUCGUCUGACGACGACUUAUCGUCGUUGGUUUGUCCAGUUUGUAAAGAUUUUGAGGCGUCUACCGUGAACGGUGUGAACGCCCAUAUCGAUGGCUGUCUUGCGUCGAGGGAGGAGCGGAGGAGGCAGAUGGGGAAGAUAAAAUCGAAAGCUCCCAAGAAGAGAUCUAUUGCGGAAAUAUUCGCGGUGGCGCCGCAGAUUCAAACGCAUGAAAAAGAUCUUUGUGAAAGAGAUGACGUUGAUGGAGAUAAUAAUUGUAAGGUGUUGGGUGAGAGUGGCAGUGUUUUAAAGGCAACAAAGAAAGUAAAGAAAAGGAAGAAGGAAAAAAGGGUUAUGUUAUUGGAGGAGGAGAACAACAACAAGAAGUUCAAGAAGAAGAAGAUUAAGAUGAUGAAGAAUGAUGGGUUAAUUGCAAACAAGGACCAUUCUUGCAAACUUAAAUUGCAAAGUUCAGCCAAUUAUGCCAAAAAGCUGAAUAAGAAGUUUGCACCGGAUAUUUGGGAUUCUGUAACUGCUUGUGCAAGGACACCAAAUGUCAAAUGUUUAACUGCAAAGAAGCGAAAAGUUGUUCAAACAUCCAAAUCAUUUCCAAAGCGUAAAAAACCAGUGUUUGCCGUUCACAGCAUUCUCAAGAAUCAUGAUGUUUGUGGGCAGAACUCCACUUAUUGCAGCAUGCAAAGUGAUAGUCAAUCAAAUCCUUGUGGUAUUCAACAUUCAGAAAGGCAUGUUAAAUUUUCUGGGAUGGAUCACAAACUUAGUCCGAGGAAUAAUCGAGUGUCUUCCUUUGAGAAUAAUUCCGAUUCCUUUGCUAGUUCAUCUGAGAAGGACCAGUCUUCUGACAGUAAUAAAGAAGCAGCCCCCAUGGAGGUACACAGAAGAAAAAAUGAUGUUUCAAUUGAUACAGAUAUUGGAACUGAGUCUUGCAGUGUAAUCGGAAGGAAGGAAUUGCCUAUAAUUCCUGAUCAUGUUGAUAUUCCAAGUUUUCUGAGGCCACAUAUGACUCAUCAAGAAAAAGUAAAUCAAAUGCCAGAUAAAUCUGUGCCUUCAAGUAGUUUUGCGGCUGAAGAUAAUAAUUUGAGGAUGUUCGACCAAGGCUACCUACCCCCCACACAUAGACCUGCAGAUUCUCGCUUUCCAAGACCGAUAUUUGCUCUAGAAGAAUCCCGUGUAAGUACUCAAGGAGCUACUGUUUCCAGAGAUUUUGAGCCCAGUGGAAAGAUGAUUGAUCAUGUCGUACAUCCUAUGCACGGAGUUUCUGCAAUGAGUUCAAAGGAAAAUACAGGAGCAUUUCCUGUCCCUUCUUCAUCUAGUUUCAUUUUCAAUGAGAAAGCAAAGGGGAGGUUUCCAUUCCUGUCACAAUCUGAAAUUGAUAAAUUCAGCGAUUGUGGUCUGCACUCCCAAUUAUUAUGUCCACCCAUGGACUUGAUGGGUGGCUCAUAUCCCUUUCCGGAGUGGAAACAAAGAACAGUUACAUAUAGGGAAGGGUGUGCAGAUGAGGACUUUGUUGGCUUGCCUCUCAAUUCACAUGGUGAGCUAAUCCAGUUGAGGAAGUUGAAUGCUACACCAGGGUCCUCCAAUGGCUUGCCUACACAGAAUUUUACCCACUUGACAAGUAUCAGCAGCUUACCGACGCAGAAUUUUACCCAUGUAACAAAUACAGGAGAUUGUUCGACUGCAUGCAACAAACAUGUUUUGGAAAGAGAACUUCCAAGUGAUCGGUUGAACUUCUUUCCUAUGCAGAAUUGUGUUAAACAGAAUCCUAGGUCACAUAUUCGAGAUUUGUUUGGUGCUACUUACUUGCAAAGUACUCAAAGAGCAGAUAUACAUCAGUUUGAUUUUGAGAGCGGAAGCAGCCACUCUUUUUGCCCAAUUGUUUCAGACCGGAACCUGAUGAAUGUCUCUAUCAGUGAAUGCGGACAAUUUGACCAGGUGAAGAACCAAAAGAUAGGUGGAAUGAUCUCUAAGGAAAAUUCAGGCCGCACACCAUUGGGUGUGAAUCAACCAACAAUGCGGUUAAUGGGAAAAGAUGUGGCAAUUGGUAAAAGUAGCAGAGAGAUUCAAGGAUUUGAGGAUGGAACAUUGUGGACAGAUAAGGAAAUUAUAGCAGAGCAUUGUCCUUCAAGUACCGCCUUGGAUACUCUGUCGUUGAACAGGAAUUUCCAGCAUAACUGGUUUCCAUGCACAGCAUCGGGGAAGUUGAAAGAACCUGCCGCACAGUCGUUUGAAAUUCACAGAGAACAUGCCCCACAGCAAAAUUUAAUGAUGAAAGCUUCAGAGUCCAGAUUUCCCCACGCUUACCGCAACUGGCAAAGCCAUUCCACGUUUGAAAAUGGCAGCCUUACCGCCAACAGAAGUCCAAGUUCUAAUUUGAUCCGUUUUGCUCAGAUGCCCACUUCACCUGCAAUGUUUAAUGGGGCACCUAAAUUCCGAGAGCAAUUCUUGUCUGGAGCUGAAUCUCUACAAUCCCUACAGUUUGGCUCUCAACUACCGAUAUUAUCUGCUCCUCCUAGUACCUGUGGGCAUGGGGUUUUAAGACCUGCUGAACUCAAUUACAAGCAGAAUCCACCUCAUUUUGCAAAAUCAUCAUUCGGCUUCCCUUUCCUGAAUCCUGAAUGUAGAGACAAUAAUGUGGAGUCAUCAUGGUUUCAGAGCUCCUCUAUGGGCAUGCCCCCUUGGUUUUUACAUGCAACACUGCAGGUAAACCCCCCAAAUGCAGCUUCUCAAUCUUUUCUAAAUGUGGAUAGCAGACACCAUCAGCAUAUUAUGCCGAGAGCUAACUUUUUUAACGAGCAUCAUUCGUCGGAAAUUUCUUAUCCUUGCAAUUUCAUGACCUCUCAUUCACAAGUGAGGGAGAAUGCACCUACUCAGGCGACUGCAGUUAUGCCUCCUCUUGCUCGAGCUGUUCAAGGAGUAAAUCUACAACCAACAUCUGGCACCGACAUGGACAGAAACAGAAUCAAGAUCAAAGACAGAUUAAAAACAAAAUCUUUCAGUAUCAAAGACCCAUAUCCCUUCAAGAAAACCAAGAGACUGGCAGUGAAAGCUGUAGAUUCAACAAAGGCUGCCAACAUGUUGCGCUUAGAAACACAAGAAAAGUUGAGUGCUGCUGCAGGAUCGUCAAGAGGGAACAUUUUAGAUGAAAUGCAGUCUAAUAUGAGAGCACUUGACCUCGACUCAAGUUGGAAGAAAGCAAGCGAUUUGGGUUGCAGCCAACACGACGUUCAAAAGGAUGGAUUCAAAACCUUUGGAGUUGAGUCUUCCAAAAUGGAUGGCGUUGUGAGAAGUACAGGCCCCAUUAAACUUUGUGCAGGAGCAACACACAUCAUAAAACCCACUCCAAAUGUGGAUCAGGAUAACUCCAGGUCAAUCCAUUCAACAAUCCCCUUUGUUGCAGUAACUAAUGGUUUCAGAGAACCACAACCUCAGAAGAAAACAACAAAGAUUUACAGGUUUUAGAAGUUCACUGCUUAGGCCAGGAUACAAGAACGUUCAUGCAUGAAUGCCAGAAGCAGCAUUGUUCAUAGGAUUUCAGGUUGUUGCGCUUGCAGUAACACUUGCCAAAUUAACUGUUGAAAACUUAUGUAUUUUCACAUCUAUUUCUAAAGCCAUGUUACGAUCUCCACAUGGGAUCUGUAAAAUAUGACAUUUUAGCUUAUAUGCUUUAUCUUACAAUUUUAUUAUUAUUUUU